AUGGCGUUUGCUGGGACAAAUGUCAGUUUGUCCCAGCCGGAUAUAACGCAAAAACUGACGGAGCGCAUAGAUGAUCUGAAGCAGAGAAUCGCUGCUUGGGGAAAGCGGAUUCGGCGAUAUACCGAGAGGUCGACACGGUUCAACCAGAAUCAGAAGAGGCUCUAUGAAUCAUUGGAGCGACCAAUGGUAAGUGGAACGGGUCCAGCACCAAAUCAGGCCGACACUGUAGCAUUCUGGCGCGGCCUGUGGUCAGAGCCCGUAAACCACAGCGAGGGCCCUUGGACGGAAGUUGUGGCGAGUCAGUGUGCGGGUAUUACGCCCAUGGACCCCGUCAUCAUAACGCCGGAUGACGUAGCUGAGGCGGUCCGUAGGGCCCCGAACUGGAAAAUUCCGGGGCUUAACGGGCUGCAUCACUACUGGCUGAAGGGGUUCAUGGUGUGUCACUCUGUGCUCGCCCGGCAGUUUCAAGAGGCUCUCAACCAGAAGUCGCUCCCAAGCCUCUUCACUACUGGGAUCACUCAUAUGUUUCCUAAAGACCAGGAGCAAAACCUGGCAGACCGAGUUCGGUAUAUCUUGCGCUCAAAUAUAUUUGAUGUCGCCGAACUCGAACGGCUACGACGUGAGGCUGUUCCCUCGUCGGAUGAGAAUGCUACGGCUGAGGAUGCGGCGCCACAAAUGGUAGAGCAACCCGCAAACGUGGAUGCCGCCGUGAAUACCCCAGUUGUGGUUGAUUCAAACGAUGAUGGAACAGUCGCCCAGGAACUGGAAUUGGAGCAUAUGAGCAGUACAUUGGAAGAGGCGAUUGUGGAAACGCGCAGUACGCCUCUCGAAAAUCGACCGCGACUUUCCCGCAUAGCCCUAAGCAAGCGGAAUCGAGCUGUCGUGAGGGCUCUGAACCCAUUGCUGGUGACCUAUUUGGAAGCCAGCCGGGACCUUUGCAAGACGGACUCAAUUCUCUUUGGCGCCGCACUGGCAGUCUGCCGUAUUAUAGGCGCCAAACUUUCCACGGCUGGACGCACUACUGGACAAAGUAGUGCUAUCCCAGCCUGGAGAACAAGAAUUGAAGAUCGUAUCGCAAAGGCUAGGGCCCUCAUCGGCAGACUGAUAUGCUUCAGGUCAGGCAAUACCAGCCGGAUAACGCCGGAUGACGUAGCUGAGGCGGUCCGUAGGGCCCCGAACUGGAAAAAGUCCGGGACUCGACGGGCUGCAUCACUACUGGCUGAAGGGGUUUGUGGUGUGUCACACUGUGCUCGCCCGACAGUUCCAAGAGGCUCUCAACCAGAAGUCGCUCCCGAGCCUCUUCACUACUGGGAUCACUCAUUUGGUUCCUAA